AUGCUAGCCGAUGUCCAGAAUAGAGCGAGCACGCAAGCUCCCUUACAUAGUUACGUCCUUGAGAGUCUACCCGUUGCUUUGCCUCAUGGCUCUAUCAACAAUGACCAAGAUUUCGACAAGAUUACAAGGGAUUUUGUGAAUCGUCUAUCCUCUUUAGAUGCAUCAGACUUCGCGAAAACUGCGACCUGGCGUGACUCGAUGGCCUUGACAGGGACAUUCAGAACAUUUUUCUCUGGGUAUUCAAUUAUAACAGCCUGGAAGAAGCUCUGCCAUGAUCAGCAUGUCAGGGAUUUCGCAUCAACGGGAGGGUCUGCCCGUGUGAUAAGGACUCCUGGUGGAGCGUCUUGGGUCACAGUUGACUUCACUUUCCUAGCAGAGAGGGAGCCAGCGAGGACCUGUGUUGGUUCGCUGUAUCUUGUUCCAGACAGUGAGAAUGGGUGGAAAAUAUGGAUGUUGACGACUGUGAUAGACCAGCUGAGCGGGCAUCCCAACGUCGACAGGUACUCACCACGACGGGACGAAGUAAACGGGAACCAAAACGUUCCACAGCAUCACUUGAACAGCGAGAAGAUGAGCACAGACUUUGAUGCAGUGAUCAUUGGUGCCGGCCAAGCAGGGCUCGCGGUAGCCGGACGACUCAAGGCUCUUGGAGUAUCUUACCUUGUGGUCGAUCAGAUGGAAGAAAUCGGCGACAACUGGUCGACCCGAUACAGGUCUACGCGGCUACACACCCCAAGGGAGUUUGCUCACUUACCAUUCGAGCGAACCUUCCAGGCCUCGGAAUAUCAAGAGUACCUGGACAAGAAUGACCUUGCCCGGGGUUUUCGAGAAUGGGUGAAAAAGUUGCUAAUUUUAACGCAAAAUAUCUGGUUAUCAACACGUAUUAUAUCUGGGCAGUGGUUCCAGGAUUCAAAUGUUUACCAAGUCGAUCUAAGCGUCAAUGGGCGGCCGGUGAGCAUCUCAUCUUCGCACGUUGUCUUGGCCACAGGGGGGUAUGGGCCUCAGAUCUUCUACCCUCAAUAUGAGGAUCGCGAAAAAUUUAUUGGAACGGUGAUUCACACUCAAGGCUACAAAGAUGCAAUGGAUUGGAAAGGAAAGAAGGGCAUCGUCAUUGGGACUGCGAACACAGCACACGAUGUCGCUCAGGAUAUGUUUACUGCUGGGCUUUCAUCGGUUACAAUGGUACAACGAGGACAAACUUAUGUCCUGCCCGUCCAACAUUUCAAAGCAUUCUCUGAUUUCACAUAUAACUCUCACAUCCCCACCGAUAAAGCCGAUCGAAUGAGCUACUCCAAUCCUUGGUCCAUCUCCCGGCUUUAUCUUCAAGACUUUUUGCACAAUCUCGCCGCUAAAGAGCCGCAGCGUUUCGAUGAUCUCGCGAACUCCGGGUUCAAGGUUGAAAGACACGGUGAUCUGACAUACCAACUGACCGUGAGAAGAGGCGGACACUAUAUUGACGUUGGCACUUCGGAGAAAAUUUCGGAAGGUCUGAUCAAAGUAAAAUCAGACUCUCUGCCAGUGAAAUAUACGGAAACAGGCCUUCUCUUCGCUGAUGGAAGCCACAUUUCUGCUGAUGUCAUUGUUUUUGCGACUGGCUUUUCUGGAAAUCUUCGUGAUACUGUGGAAGAGCUAUUCGGACCAGAGGUUGCCACGAGAGGGGGCAUCUUCUGGGGCCUUGAUGAAGAGGGAGAGCUCAAGGGUGCAUUUAAACCACUUGGCCGUUUGUGA